UGAUUUGUUUGGUUCGUGAGGUGUGAGACUUGUUUAUCUUUUUUUUUAUCAAUAGAAAAAGUUUCACUUUUAUCUUUUCCGUCCUGAUGAGUCAUAUUUCCAUGUGCUUUUACUCAGUUGAUAUUUUUAUCGCUUGUUGGUAAUGAUUAAUUUAAUAAACAAAAUGUGACGAUUAAAAUCAAUUCUUCGUUUAGUCUUAAAAGGUGAAUUGAUUUAUGAAGUUUGUUUUAAAAUAUUCAAAACUAUAGAAUAUUUCAUUAUUAUUAAAAACAUUUAAAAUGCUUCGACGUCUUUUGACAAAUGAAGAUGACGAUAAAAGCUCCUCGAUUGACGAAGAAUUUGAGGAUUCAAGUGUCUCAGAAAUCGUUGGAGGAAAAUUGUCUUUCAACGAAACUGAAAAUGCGAGUUCUUCAGUGGAUAAAUACCGCUCCUGGUCAGGGAUAUCAGGAACAGAAAUUUCAUCUGGAUUAUCACCCAGGAAAUCAUCUCAACGUGUAGCGUUUGAGAUAGUGUCAGCAAAGACUAACAGUGACUCUAAAAAGAAAUUUGUUAGCUACACUGUUUUGAUAAAAAGAUCACCUGGACUGGAAACACAACCUGGUGUGCUGGAACGACGCUACUCUGAUUUCUUGAGCUUAUAUCAGACUCUAAAAAAGUUAUAUCCAAUGCUUUUAAACAGCUUUCCUUUUCCUAAAAAAGCUAUUCUGGGGAACUUCACUGCUGACAUAAUUGCUGAACGAAGUGUCGCUUUCCAACAUUUCCUAGCUUACGCCUAUUCUGUCAAAGAACUGAGGCAGUCAGCCGAGCUUGCUGAAUUUUUAUACAAUAGAGAGAUACAAGAAGCCCAUGCCAUGAUGAAACUUGCGCAGUUUGAAGACUCUGCAGUUUUGUUGGAAAAUGUGUAUUUCAUCCAAGAAAAAAUAUUAGAUGAAGGCCACUUUUCAACCUAUUACACCCUGUGUGUUCUUGUUGCUUGUUUGAAUGCAGUGGACAAUGUUGCUGAAGCCCAAAAGUAUGCAGAGAUAGCUUUGUCUUUUGCUGCUGAACAUGAAAAAAAUGUGCUUACUGCACCUUUGAUGGUGUUAGCUGUAAGAUUGUGGUGGGCUGUUGGUAAAGAUAAAAAAAUUUUGGAGAGGCGAUUACAAGAACUUAAACAGUCAGGUACUAAUAUAGACAAGCAGCCUACACUGCUAGAGCUAGUUUUGCAUCGUGAAUGCCCCCUGAAACCAAUUUAAAAUUAAUUUUAAAACCAAAGUUAUUUAAAAAAAAAUUAUGUUAAUAGAUUAGAAGAGUUAGAAUCCUUGUUCUGAGGUACUCUAAUACAAAGUAUUUAACUUUGUGGAUUCUUAUUUAUUGGUUUGCUGUAUGCUGCAGUGUGCAUGUAAUUUUCAGUGGUUGAUUUUCAAAUUAAUAUAUGUUAUUGAAGAUCUGAUAGACGUGGAGAGCAUAUCCAUUACUUUAGUUUUUUUAUAUAUACACACACAUAUGUAUUUAUUAUUUAUUUAAAAUAUUGACUUGGUGAUUCAUUUUUAUUAUUUUAGCUUUAUAUAUAUUUCAAUUCAAUGAAAUUAAAGCACUUUCUAAAUUACGGUUUUAGACAGAAAAAAGAUAUUUAACAUUUUUUUAAUAAGACUUUGAAGAUGUAAAGAAUAUUUUUUUAUGUAUUAUUAACAUUUUAUUUUAAUAACUGUACAACACUUACUAUAUGAAAUUUUUGUGGGCAAUAA